UGUUAAUAACUGGCGUAGCCUUCGUGGACUUGCGUGUCCCUGUCUCACUCUUUCCCUCAAAUGAAGCAAUCUAUCUAAUAAACCAAGAGUGGAAGAAUGAUAAAGAAUUAAUACCCAUCCAGGGCUCGGAGGAGGCGGAGUGAGGGAGCGAGAGAUGGUGGUGGUGGCCGGCGUCAACGGGGUUGGAAAUGGCGUGGUGGAGCGGGCGCACGCGGCGAUGGCGGUGGGGCAGGUGAUCGCCGGGGGAUACCACGUGAUCGCGAAGCUGGCGCUGAACGUGGGGAUGAAUCAGGUCGUCUUCUGCGUCUUCCGCGACCUCCUCGCCCUCUCCAUCCUCGCCCCCGUCGCCUUCUUUCGCGAGCGAAAGGUCCGCCUUCCCCUGACUCGUAGCCUUCUUGCAUCAUUUUUCAUUCUUGGGUUAACUGGGAUUUUCGGCAAUCAGCUUUUAUUUCUUAUUGGUCUUAGCUACACAAAUCCAACUUAUGCUGCUGCUAUUCAGCCUUCAAUACCAGUCUUUACAUUCAUCUUGGCUGUGGUAAUGGGCACUGAGACAAUAAAUUUGCUCACAUAUGAGGGUCGGGCAAAGGUCGGCGGUACACUGAUCUGCGUUCUAGGUGCAGUUUUAAUGGUACUGUAUAGAGGUCCUGCUAUAUUUGGAAAUAAUGCCUUCGAGCUAGCAGCUCAAAGUGAGAUAAGUGCAAAGCCCCAGCCUGAGCCAGUUGGAUGGUUAGCAUCUGGAUUGCUUGAGUUUGGACUUGAAAAGUGGCAUAUUGGUGUUCUAUGCUUAUUAGGAAAUUGUUUAUGCAUGGCUACUUAUCUUGCUUUACAGGCUCCAGUCUUGGCAAAGUAUCCCUCCAGCUUGUCUUUGACAGCAUACUCAUACUUUUUUGGGGCUAUUUUGAUGGUUUGCUCAGGAUUCUUUGCAACUAAUAAUUAUGAAGAUUGGACUUUGACACAUUCUGAGAUUUUUGCAGUUUUAUAUGCAGGUGUCGUGGCAUCUGCUCUUAACUAUGGGCUAUUGACAUGGUCCAAUAAGAUUCUAGGUCCUGCACUCGUGGCUUUGUAUAACCCGCUUCAACCUGUAGUGUCUGCUUUAUUAUCAAGAAUUUUCCUUGGGAGCCCGAUCUAUCUUGGAAGCAUUAUUGGGGGAAUUUUGAUCAUCUCUGGUUUAUACCUGGUCACUUGGGCCCGCCAUAAAGAGAGACAGACAUCCACUGGGAUGUCGUAUGGAAAAUGCUCUUCUGAACCGCAUCAUGAUGACCCACUGCUCAUCAAGAGAGGAAACCUCUUUUCUGGCUCCUUGUCUUGGACUGAGCCACAUGAGUCAUGAUAUUUUCGCUCUCUCUACCCGAUGCCACGAUCCUCCUAAUUAGAAUACUGAGACAGAAUAUAUACUGGCAAGAGCGACCUUCACCAGGGGAAGAUUCUUGCUUUACUUAAAGAGAAAUAGCUAGUACUCUUUUUCCCCCGAGCCAUUGGCAUUUGUGCCACUUCGUUAUCUUCUUUCUCCACCGUCGAACUUUGUUUUGUUAUUUUCUUCACAAGAAACUUCAUAAAUUAGUUGCCCAGCAAAAGUGAAGCUGCAUCUUAUAGUUAACUCUUGAGCUACCAUUAAGCAAUGGCAUCCAACAAAGCAGAGAAACCCCAAGCUCCCCCACCAUCCCAGUUUCCAAAGUUUCAGCAAGUUAAGGCUGGGGGAGCAAAGUCAGCUACGAGGAAGGUGGCGCAGAAGCCACAAGAACCAAAGAAGGUCACAGGUGCCAAGCCAGCUCCGCCAGCAAAGUGAGAGGCUCUAAUGGUUUGUCUGCCUAGUAUUCUGGUGCCGUUGCUAUCUUCAUGUGUAGCAGAAUGACUGUAUUAAUGAAAUAAGCAGAUGUUUACACUGUAAUAGUUAAUAUGUUAUGAUAUGAUGGUUAAGCUUUAAA